GAUAUGGACUCCGAUGCCAGUCUGGUGUCCAGCCGCCCGUCCUCACCAGAGACGGAUGACAUCUUCCUUACAACCCGGAGCAAGGGUAGCAGCAGCGGGGGUGGUGGCGGAUUCUCCGGUGGCACGGUUUCCUCCUCUACACCAAACGACUGCCAGCCGGAGUUGAGCGCGGAGCUUCGAAACGCCAUGGGCGCGGCGGGCGUGCACCCUGGGGACAAGCUGGGCGGCGGCUGCUUUAAGUCCUCAUCCUCCACCACUUCGUCUUCCUCUUCCACCUCAUCGUCUUCCUCUGUCGCAUCUUCUACCAAGAAGGACAAGAAGCAGAUGACAGAACCAGAGCUACAGCAGCUUCGGCUCAAGAUCAACAGCCGGGAGCGCAAGCGGAUGCACGACCUCAACAUCGCCAUGGAUGGGCUUCGUGAAGUCAUGCCGUACGCGCAUGGACCCUCGGUGCGCAAGCUCUCCAAGAUAGCUACUCUUCUUCUAGCCCGCAACUAUAUUCUCAUGCUCACCAACUCCUUAGAGGAAAUGAAGCGGCUGGUCAGCGAGAUCUACGGCGGCCACCACGCUGGUUUCCACCCCUCAGCCUGCGGAAGUUUGGCACAUUCGGCGCCUCUGCAGGCGGCCGCUGCGCACCCAGCUGCAGCGCACGCCUCCCACCAUCCCGCAGUCCAUCACCCAAUAUUGCCGCCUGCUGCGGCAGCAGCAGCUGCAGCUGCAGCGGCGGCCGCGGUUUCCAGCGCCUCCCUUCCAGGCUCUGGCCUUUCAGCGGUCAGCUCCAUACGACCCCCGCAUGGCUUGCUCAAGUCGCCCUCGGCGUCCGUGGCUACCCCAUUGGGCAGUGGAGGGGGAGGUGGUGGUAGUUUCCAGCACUGGGGUGGGAUGCCCUGCCCGUGUAGCAUGUGUCAGGUGCCGCCACCCCACCACCACGUUUCUGGUAUGAGCACGACCAGCCUCCCCAGACUCACUUCUGACGCCAAAUGA